AACCAUGGUUAAGAGAGAGUGGGUUAAAAAAAAGUGGAGGGAAUAAAGGGGCAAGUUGAGGAUUCAAAAAAAGCAAAGAAAACAAGAAAGGUAGAAAUUUGCAGAUCCCAAAAACCAAUACACAUCUGCUCUUCCUCCACCUCCACCUCGUAUUUAAAAACACCCACAGCGGCCAUAUCGCCCAUUUACAUCGUCUUUCGAGCUCUCUCACAAACACGACCGUAGUAUGUGUUCAUGUUUUCUGUUUCUCUCUCUCCUUGGGAGUGAGUGAGAUAAGAAUCACAGUAGAGAGAGAAAGUGAAAGCUUAGCUAAUUGCUUUUUUAUCUACUUGUGUGAGUGUCAUUUUCAUUCAGAUUUUCCUUUUUUGAUACAUACCUUGUGUCCUGCUAUAGCUCAGCGCAGAAAGGGAUAAUGGGCAGAGAGUGGUUCUACUGGGGAGGUGGCGGCGGCGGCGCUAGAUCCUCCUCCUCCUCCGCCGCCUCGGCCUCGGCCUCCAAGAAAGGAAAGCGAUCGAGAAAACAAUUAGAAGUGGACGAUGGUAGUGCGCCCAGUCCUGGCUGCAUGUGUGCUGUUCUUCAACUCUUUGAUCUGCCCCAUUUCCAGGUUGUUUUGAACCACCAUAGCCACCGUUCUCUCAGCCCGGUUUCUUCUUUCGUUCAAGACCUCCCUUUUGAACGCCCUACUGGACUUGAAGCACCAAGAAACAGCUUGGACAUGGAAGAGCCCAGGGUGGGGCUAAACCCUGCAGCUUCAAAAACCAUGCUGCUGGGAUUGAAACAAGAAGACGAAGAAGAAGCAAAAAAUUUGAAUAAUAUCUCAGUGGGGAUUAAUCAAAUAAGAACCAGCUGCGACUCGCGGCCGUCGUCGUGUAAACCAAGAUCGGACGAUUUUUCUUCAGAAUGCAGCAGCUCUCCGGGAGGACCCAAGACGCCAAAUCUCGUGGCGAGACUCAUGGGUCUCGACCUCCUGCCGGAGAACGCUUCUCCGACGUUCGGAAAUUCAAGAAAGUCGAAUUUGCAGCCCAGAACAGAACCGCGAGACCGCGCCAGAUACCUGCUCCACAAGGAUCGCCGUUCCAGGAGCUUCAAUGUUCUUGACAACGCAGAUAUUUCUGGCGGCGGCGGCACUGUUUCGCUGCCGGAAACGCCAAGAAUAUCGCUGGCUAGGAAGUCAGAUGUGGACCAUCACCACAGGCUCUCGCUCCAGAUCAACAAAGAGAACGUCGGCGAGGAAUUCGAUCACUUGUCGUCUGGUAAAAGAGCGGCGAGGAGCCGGCGGCGAGAGCCCAGAGAAGCUCUCCGGCAAGUGGAUGAGAAUAUCAGAAGCCCCAGCUUUUACGCCAGGCAGAUUGUGAAGCAAGUGAAAGAGAGCGUCAGCAGAAAAGUCGGCGCCGCCGCCGAUAUAACCAUCAAAAACAACCUCAAAAACCAUAAUAAUCUCGACAAUAACCAGGUGGUCUUGCUUAAACCUAGUAAACCAUCCAUUUUUCUCCACGAUGAUUUUAGCCCAACCAAGCCGCACCAAUCUUGCUCUCCAAGGUUCAGAUUCUUGGAACCAAAGACGACCACCAAACCACCACCUUCAAACACUACAGAUAAUCUUAAACCUCCCCCACCACAGCCGCCCCAGAAAGUUGUUUCCAAACCAAAAUGUCAAGAAAACAAAAACAACAACGUAGUCAAGAAACCCGCCGCCAUCAGAAGCAAGAAAGAAGAACCGUUUGUUCGCCCUGCAAAUAAUACCAACCAUGAAAGCAAGAAAGGGAAGAGAGCAACUCCACUAUCAAGUGAGCUUCUGAACCCCAAUAAUGUUCCAACCAUAUUACCGGCUUUGAAGAAAGACUGUCGUCCUUCUUCUUCCCCCCCACCAAAAUUACCUCAAAAGCCGCAGGCGCACGAUGACGCCCUUUCAUCCAAAAGGAGCUCAUCACAGUUAUCUAGUUCUCCGAGCCAGUCGUACCACAACCCUCCAACCACCUCAAAAGAAAAAGAAAUCAUCAUCGUCCGUGACACAAGACAUCACCGUAACGGCGCCGCACCGUCCGGCCACGAAGAAGCGGAAUCUCAGUACAUCCAGAGAAUACUAAAACGUACGGGCGUCGAAAAAGAUUCCUCAGUAUCAUUAGCCAAAUGGUACUCCUCUUCCCACCCUCUAGACCCUUCCGUUUUCCACUACAUUGAACUUUUCCACCACCCCGCCAUCAAAAACUCCAAACUUCGGCUCCGCUGCAACAGAAAGCUGGUUUUCCAGUUAGUGGAUGAACUCCUCGCCGGAAUCUUGAAACCUUACCUGGGUUCCCCGGUCGGAUUCCGGCGUCACAUGAACGGGUCGGAGCUGAUGGAAACGCUGUGCUUGAAAGUUCGGAGCUUUCCCUCGGCGGACUGCCAGGUUCUGGAAGACAUUGAUGCCUUGAUCGAAACGGACAUGGAGAAAUCAAGAAACGGAGCUUUCUAUCAAGGAGAAGAAGAAGAGAGUAUAGUUCUUGAGAUUGAACGUCACGUGGUGGAUGAACUAAUGCAUGAAACGACGAUGGUGGUCCUGGAGGGGGUGGCACGUCCGUACGUACAGUGAAAGACGAGGAAGAAGUGAGAGAGAGAGAAGAGAGAGAGAGAGAGAGAGAGAGCGUCACAGGUUCUGACUUCUCAGAGAAGGUCACAUGGGUCAUCUCCCCGUGAUUAGAUACCAAUGGGCCCACUUCUUGUGCUUUGGUGGGGUACACGUGACCCACACUCUUUGGACCGACAUACUCGCUCUUUCAUUGGCUUUAGCCCUAGCUUCUUGUCCUCUCGCCUUUACUCUGUAAUCAUUUUGUUUUUCUCUUUUCCUUCUGUAUAAUAAUAUCCAAUAAGCUUUUUUUUUU